AUAGCGGCGUGUUUCUCUGAAACUCAACUGGAAAAAAAUAAACUUUAUUUCUGUUCAGCUCAGGAUUGCCGUUUUGUGGAUUUGUCAUGUCUUUGCUCUGUUAUAACAAAGGUUGUGGGCAACGUUUUGACCCGGACAACAACCCCGAGGAUGCGUGUACUUACCAUCCUGGAGUUCCGGUUUUCCAUGAUGCCCUGAAAGGUUGGUCAUGUUGUAAGAGACGCACUACGGACUUCUCGGAUUUCCUGAGCAUCGCUGGCUGCACUAAAGGUCAGCAUAACAAAGAGAAACCCCCCGAGCCGGUGAAGCCUGAGGUGAGGAGUUCUGGGGGGAAGAAGGAGCUGGAGGAGCUGAAACCGCGGUUUAAUGAAUAUGUCAUUCAGGCUCCUAAACCUCUGGAGUUCAUCCAGAGACCCAGUGCUGACGAGCCGCUGGUGGAGCUGCAGCAGAAAGUGUCUCCAUCCCUGAGGCAGGCACUCGAGAACCUCAGACUGUCACAAACCAAUCAGAUUUCAGAGAAAGAGGAUGAGGAGAAUGAGGUGAAAAUCGGAACAGCAUGUAAAAAUGGAGGUUGCGCUAAGACUUUCACUGGACCAGCAAGUGAAGAGGACAAGUGUGUGUUUCACCCAGGAGUUCCCAUCUUCCAUGAGGGGAUGAAAUACUGGAGCUGCUGUCGGAGGAAAACUUCAGACUUCAACACAUUUCUUUCUCAGGAGGGAUGUAACACAGGAGCUCAUGUGUGGAGGAAAGCUGAUGGGAAGAAGGUGGUACCGUGUCGGUUUGAUUGGCAUCAGACUGCUAGUCAUGUGACUAUCUCCAUCUACGCUAAGCACUCCAACCCAGAGCUGUGUUCAGUACAGGCCAACAGCACUACGGCGUGUAUCAAAGUGAUCUUUGAGGGAGAGAAGGAGUUUGAACAGAAUAUCAGUCUCUGGGGGGUCAUCGAUGUCAGCAAGAGCGUCAUGAACAUGAUGGCUGCCAAAAUCGAGGUCAUCAUGAAGAAGGCGGAGCCGAUGUCGUGGGCGCGGCUCGACCUGCCCCCACCCACUCCUCAGUCAACCAGUGAGAAGAUGGAAAAGGAGAACGUGUAGAUGAAAGAGACUGAGAGUGUGCUGACUGUUAGAGAGCUCAGAACAACACACAACGUCUUUCUGUACUGUACACACACACACACACACACACACACACACCUCAGCCGAAUAAAUGCACUUUGGUUAGGAAGUAUAGCACAGAUUGCUCCAGCCCUUAAGACCUCAACACAAACACACACGGCCUGUUUCCAUUUCAUUCUUUCACAAUGUGUCCUUUGUCUUUCCUCUCACAGAGUGCCUGUAUUGUCCAAAGCCCUAUUCGCACGGGAUAAGUAUUACCUAUGGACCUCUGGUAAUUCGCAAUUACCCCCGCACCUCUGUGUUAUUGUGUGGCGCAUUCGGACGGGAUAAGCAAAAGUCUGUAAUUCCACCCUUUCCUAUUGUAGUAGUCGGUGGGAUAGUUCUGCGGAGCAAUGAUCGGGAUGUGCGUCCCAUCCAAAGCACCAACACGCAUGGGGAAUCCGGUCUUCCUCUCGAAACCAUUGAUGAUUCCGUUGACCUCCGGAACAGAUUUUGGCCCCCUCACAAACACCUUCCUGAGAUCACUCAGCGCCUCACAGACCUCCCAGAAGAUGUUGCAUGGUGUGCUGGUCCCAAUGGCAAACAAGUUGGCAACAUCGUGGAAUUCCACAUUACUUGCAAGCCUGUAGAUUGUGAGUGCCACCCUCUUCUCAACAGGUAUUGGUGCCAGCAUGUUGGUGGUUUGGGGCUUAAUGUGUGGGCGCAGGUGGUCACACAGCUUCUCAAAGGCCUCUUUGGGCAUUCGGAAGUUUUGGUACCAGUCUUUCUCCCGAAAGUUCUCCAGCACCUCCACUUCUCAGAAGGACAGGCCUCUCUCCCUGGGUCUUCUAUCAGGGUACCAGAUAUCAGCUAUAAACAAGGUUGGGUAGGUGAUUAGAAUAAAGGCGCGUUUGGCAACAAUCAAUACAGUUGUAGCAUGUUGGAAGUGCCAACAUAUUACUGUAGUACAUUAAUAAGGUAGGAUGAAAACACAGUAGGCAUAAGAAUAGCACUGUAUCCAGAUUAAGAGAGGGGAAACGCAUAUGAUAGGGAUACAGUAUGUUUGCUCCACGCUCUCAAAAUGAGAAGGCGGGGUCACUGCAAAUGAAAACAGUCUCGAGAUGACAAUGUAAGUGAACAGGCAGUUUAUGGCGCUGUUUACACAUAGCCGGGUAUUUUGCUAAACGAACAUUUGUCUUCCCUCCGUUAACCAAAAUAUCUUCGUAUUGCUGUGUCACGGGGGUUAGCGUGGCUCCUUACCAUAUGCUGCCACACAAGCCAUCCAGUUGAAGAUUCUUCGUGCUUUCUUCUUGGAGUUCUUCUUGGAGCUGUUUCUGCUUAUCUGGUUCAAAUACGGGAUAGGCCUACUACCACUUGCCCCUGAAAUGCUGUUUAUCAAAAUUUCGCCCGUAUCCUCCAUUAUUCACUCCAGAAAAGUACAAGAGACGCGCGUUUAAUAAUUACAAACACAGACAUGCGCAUUCACACGGGACUUGUAUUACCACUGGACGUCUGCGUUUUGCCGAAACACAGUAGGUAAUUCGCGGCGGAAUUAUUACUUGGCAAAUUACGGACAUGGCGCAUUCGCACGGGACUAAGAACUCAGACAUUCUCUGUAAUUAUUCCGAAUUACCAGAGGUCCACAGGUAAUACUUAUCCCAUGCGAAUAGGGCUCAAGUCUCUCAGUAACAGGCGUGCACACACACACACAGUCCCCGCAUGCACUUUUUGCCUUUAAUUACUUGACACUUGGCUUCAGCUGUCUCUUUUCUCAGUCGUUGCAUAUUUGCUAAUUGGACGAGAUGACUUUUGAAUGUUCAUAUUCACAGUCAACAUUAACACGUCUGAAAUAUUCCUGAACCUUUUACAGAUACUGUAGUCGUAAUGUCUGAAAAAGGUCUGAUUCGGGGCCCUGCUGCAUUUCCACAUGCUCUCAUUGUCUUUGCCUCUAAGACGCCAUUUUAAAGACAAUUCCUUUCCCAACUCGAGUGACGUUCCUUCGAUGAGGGCUCAAGUUAAUGUUACAGCAGGAUUUUCUUUCCAAAAUGGUGGCCGAAGCUGUUUGUAAACAUAAACUGCACUUAACAUGCCUUUAAUUGGCUGUGUUCAAAUUAGGUUUUUUGUCUUGUAGCUUAUUUCUGAUAGCAAGUCAUCAUGCGAUCUAACUAGAGUACACUUAGGUGUUACUUACAGUAUAUCAAUGUCUAAAAGGAUGUACUCUAAAGAAAAAACAACACUGGUUCACAUCUGUUGAGCUUUUCUAUUUUAUACCUUUAGUGAACAAGAUGUUACAUCUAAUGUUGUAAGAAAUCCCAGAAUGCACUGCUUAGGGUUUUUUGUCUGGUAGAGAACAUUCAUAAAAAAGAUAGACAUAACCUGUGUCCGAAAUCACUCACUUGUUCACUACUCCCUGUAUAGGGAAUUACUACAGUGGUGCUUGAAAGUUUGUGAACCCUUUAGAAUUUUCUAUAUUU